AUGGGCGGCCCCGCUGGAAUGCCGUCGAUAGAGCGGGAUCUCGACUACCGCUUCCCAGCCGCGUCAACAGAGCCAAUGGCUCAGGGCACGCCCUCGCUUCUCACCGCAGCUCUGCCCUCGUCUAUCCAGUCCAGGCUGCCAUUUAUAUCCUCCAUCCGAAAGACCGUUGCCUCGCAGAUCACCUCCUCGUGGCGCCUCGAAGGCUCGACUGCCCGCUGUAGCCAAGCCACAACUCUCGAAGUGGAAGAGACCAUUGAGAACCGUGCUCCAGCCAACGACAGAUACCGCAACAGGUCGAGACCACACACCCCUCCUAGCAGUGUCGAGGAUAGCCCCGAAUCUGUAUCACGGUCAUCCAGUCCGUCAGAAGAGAUGAUGCGCCAGGAUCCCCGACAAUUCAAGCGCCGGUCGCUCGAAUAUCCCUGUAGGGGCUAUGGUGGCAAUGGAGCAGGUAGCAGUGCUGUGGGCGUGUCGAUGAAGUCUGCAUCCGGCGUCGAUUGGAAGUAUGGGAGCCAUGGACUCAGAUUCCUCGAGGUGGCGGUAGCCGAGGCUGCCCUCAAGGACACGGCGUAUGAGUCUGAUGCCAAUUUUGAGCGGCAGGCCUACAUCGAUGGGGUCAUCUAUGCCUUGAGAGGUCUACCACCCGACCUCGACGACGCCGAAGUUCUCGCCCUGCGGCGGUCGUCCCCCGAUCAGGUCAAGCUGUUGGGACCGGGAACAGCAGCGCCAGCGAAUCGAGGCAACGACAAGCGGCCGCUGCCGCAAAGACUGACCCAAUGGCUCGUCAUGAGGUUUUUCAUUCUGCUUUCUUAUGUCGUGCCAACGAUAGUGUUCCUUUUGGAUAUCUUUGUCCAGCUGGACAAGAAGUUCAAGAUUCCGGAGACUGUUGUGACCGGCUCGAUCUGGCUGGCUGGCAAGGUCCACCGUCGAACCGUGGGAGCUUAUCUGGCGUUCUGUAGUAUCGACGACGGUAGAGUCGGGCAGGCCAUGGGGGACGGCGCUGCCUACCUGGUGGACAGCGUUACGCGCGGGGUGCGCGAUGGCAUCUCGGAGGGCAUCGGUGUUCUCAAGAACUAG